AUGAGGGUGAACCUGACCACCCUUAUCAUCGUGGGGGUUGCCACCUUGCGACAUAAGAAUAAUUGGUUCAUUAUCCCAAUUAAAGUUGUUUCCGUGGUGGCUAUUAGCAUCCAAGCAAGUAAUAUCCAGGAUGGAGCCAUCUUCCUAGAGCGAGGCCACCCUGGCAUCGUGUCCUGCCCUCCCGUCGCAUCCGGACGAAUCCCGCUGGAUCAGAUCGAAGUCAUAUACUGGUACUUCACAGGAGUACGAGAUGAAGACAUCUUGAUCUCCUACUUCCUAGGGAACGUCGCUCCACAAAACGGCAUCCCCGAGGGCGUGUAUGACAUCAACGGAAACUUCUCUCUGGUUAUUGAGAACGUCACCGACUCAGAUGAAGGGACCUACUACUGUAGGGUCAAACCGAAGUUAAAAGUGAUGGUUGAUGGGCACGUGACUAAGCGUGUCAGAGCCAAGUUUAGAAGCCAACGUUAUUGUGUAGUAUCUCCCAAGGAGCCGUUUCCCGACGUGACUCAAUGCACUGAACGCAUCACCGAGACUGCGUGCGAGGCAGAGUUGCCGAACGACAUCAAGAAACUAAUGCUGACCUGCAUCGUAAGGGAUACCAAGCCUGCCGUGGCUCUCCGAUGGCUGCUUGAGUAUAGUGACGGCGACACACAACUCAUCAGCGACAGGUUCACCGUACAACCGAGUGAGUAUUCGGUGAACACCUUCACCACUUCAGCAUCAAUCCCAAUUAUAACGAGUAGUGACAAGUCCAUGUACAGAUGUCAAGCAUACGGGGAGGCUCUGGGCGCCAGGAAUGGUAGCCAUGUGACGGUGACAACUGUCUAUCAUCCCCUUCAAACAACACAUAUCGAUGAGGAAACCUAG